ACAGACUACAAAUAAGAGAAGACUUGAAGAGGAGAGAGCAAUUGGAGAGUAACAUUCAGCCAUUUCUUCUUGAAGACAGCUGAUAUCCUUCUUUGCAGAUGGCGGAGCCAGGUGACAUGAUUGAGAUCCAAAGAGCUGGAUACAAUCACUGGGCACUGUUUAUUGGAAAUGGAGACGUUCUUCACCUCACAACAGAUGGUGUUUCUUCUACAGCUGCCAUCUUUGCUGGAUCAGUUGAUUCGGUCUUUGCUAUUGUGAAGAAGGAGAAGCUCAAGGAAGUAGCAUUAGGUGACAAAUGGUCAGUGCACAACUGCCUGGAUAAUGAAUGGGAGACUAAAUCCCCAGAUGUCAUCCUGAAAGAGGCAGAGCAACUGGUUGGCAAGAAGAUGCCAUAUAACCUCCUCACCUUCAACUGUGAGCAUUUUGUUACUUAUCUGCGCUACGGCAUACCAGAAUCCAGGCAGGCCCGAAAAGUGAUUUCAGCAGUGAAGGGUUCUUUUGGUUCCUAGUCUCUCUGAGAGGCAUUGCCAUUUCACCAAGCUGACGAAUGACUUUGAUGGUCACACUCUGAUGCACUUACUAAAGAAAAUGUUAACGUUAAGAAAAUUAUGUUAUUUACUAACUGAAAAAUUAAUUUGUAGUAAAUCUGGAAGUGCAUUGAACUCCUAAUUUGAAAAGUUUAAAUGACUUUCCCAUAUGUGCUGAAGUGACUGAACAGUAUAAAGUAACAAAUGAAUACAUAAUAAACAAUCAUACUGAUGUACUGCCUGUGUGUCCUUCAUCAUA